GAUACCUAAGUCAGCCUUGAACUUGGAAUUUUCAUGCUUUAGAUUCCUAAGUAGCUAGGACUACAGGAGUUCACAUAACCAGCUAAGGGAUUUGUAAACCAAAUAUGCCUGGGUUUUCAAACUGCCCAACAUUAUCCUUCCAGUUACCUGACACUGUCAGUUCAUCCUCCCCAGCUCUCUCCACACCCUUCUUCAUCCUGUACACUUCAAGUGGUCUAAAGGAAGUAAGCACACGUUUCUUUGGCAGCCCGUGAAUGCACAAUGACCAGCUUUUAUAUUUCUACGUGCAAAUUACUGUGAAACUCUCCCACGCCAACUGCUGUGAAGAAGUUAAUACAAGAAGGUAGUCACAGGCUCUGUCUUAGAGGAUUUCUAUUUUAUGGAAAGAAACCCUGAGAGAGUAGGGAAGUGGUUGUUAAUAGUGACUGUAUCGGAUAAAGACGCUCUAAGCUAUAAACAAAACAAAACAAAAAACCAAAAUGAACGGAGCCUACUGACUCCUUCGGGAAAAAUCAGGCUUCAAUCUUGGUGUCAGGUUUUAAAACCCAGCUCUCCAACCAGGAAGCAUCUAGCACACGCAAAGAACCCCCCGGCCCAGGCCGGAAAGGGUGGCGGAAGAGGCGGGGCUUCUGGGUGACGUCACGAGCUCCAAGCCCCUCGGCUUCCAGAGCGAGCUGAGCGCGCGAGGAUGGAGGUCGCUCGCCAAGCCCUGGGCCCCUUGGUCACCGAGCUGUAUGACGUGCAGGCUUUCAAGUUCGGGAGCUUCGUGCUGAAGAGCGGGCUCUCCUCCCCAGUCUACAUCGACCUGCGGGGCAUCGUGUCACGCCCGCGUCUUCUCAGUCAGGUCGCAGACAUUUUAUUCCAAACUGCCAGGAAUGCCGGGAUCAGUUUUGACAGUGUGUGUGGAGUUCCUUAUACAGCGUUACCGCUAGCAACAGUUAUCUGUUCAGCCAAUCAUAUUCCCAUGCUCAUUAGGAGGAAGGAAACAAAGGAUUAUGGUACUAAGCGCCUUGUAGAAGGAGAGAUUAAUCCGGGGCAGACCUGUCUGGUCAUCGAGGAUGUCGUCACCAGUGGGGCCAGCGUUUUGGAAACUGUUGAAGUUCUUCAGAAGGAGGGUCUAAAGGUGACUGAUGCCAUCGUGCUGUUGGACCGCGAGCAGGGAGGCAAGGACAAGCUGCAGGCUCAGGGCAUCCGUCUCCACUCUGUGUGCACGUUGUCGGAAAUGCUGGAGAUCCUCGAGCAGCAGAAAAAGAUCGAUGCUGAGAUGGUCGGGAGAGUGAAGAGGUUCAUUCAGGAGAAUGUGUUCACAGCAGCUAACCAUAAUGGCGUUCCCCCUCCCGAGAAGAAAGCAUGCAAGGAACUGAGCUUUGGCGCCCGAGCAGAGCUGCCUGGAGUCCACCCACUUGCCUCAAAGCUUCUCACGCUCAUGCAGAAGAAGGAGACCAAUCUGUGUCUGUCUGCUGACGUGUCGGAGGCCAGAGAGCUGCUGCAGCUAGCCGAUGCCCUGGGACCCAGCAUCUGCAUGCUCAAAACUCAUGUCGAUAUUCUGAACGAUUUUACUCUGGAUGUGAUGGAGGAGUUGACAACCCUGGCAAAACGCCAUGAGUUCUUAAUAUUUGAAGACAGGAAAUUUGCUGAUAUAGGAAACACAGUUAAAAAGCAAUAUGAAAGUGGCAUCUUUAAAAUAGCUUCCUGGGCAGACGUAGUGAAUGCCCACGUGGUGCCAGGCUCAGGAGUUGUGAAGGGCUUACAGGAAGUGGGUCUGCCUUUACAUCGAGCCUGCCUGCUCAUUGCAGAAAUGAGCUCUGCUGGCUCCUUGGCCACUGGAGACUACACCAAAGCAGCAGUUGGGAUGGCCGAGGAGCACUGUGAGUUUGUCAUUGGCUUUAUUUCUGGCUCCCGAGUAAGCAUGAAACCGGAGUUUCUUCACUUGACCCCAGGAGUUCAGUUAGAGACAGGAGGGGAUCACCUUGGCCAGCAGUACAAUAGUCCCCUAGAAGUGGUUGGUAAACGAGGUUCUGAUGUCAUCAUUGUGGGCCGGGGAAUACUCGCAGCAGCAAACCGCCUGGAAGCAGCUGAGAUGUACAGAAAAGCUGCCUGGGAAGCUUAUUUGAGUAGGCUUGCCGUCCAGUGAGAAGGCGCUGAACGUGGGUGGUAGCCCAAAGUCGCUGGCUUCAAAGCAUGGUGCUCAGGGUCCUGCACAGGGUUCGUGAGAGACAGACUGCAGCACCGUGGUGUGUCUUUAACUUGUAACCACUGCACUGUACUGUAACGAGCUCUUUAAAGCUUUCA